UCGGGCUGGACUCUGGGCAGAGGCACAUCGGGCUGGACUCCGGGCAGAGGCACAUCGGGCUGGACUCCGGGCAGAGGCACAUCGGGCAGGACUCCGGGCAGAGGCACAUCGGGCAGGACUCCGGGCAGAGGCACAUCGGGCAGGACUCCGGGCAGAGGCACAUCGGGCAGGACUCCGGGCAGAGGCACAUCGGGCCGGACUCGGGCAGAGGCACAUCGGAUUACCAGGCGAAGCAGCAGGCAGCGGGCCACCAGGCGAAGCAGCAGGCAGCGGGCCACCAGGCGGAGCAGCAGGCACCGGACCCCCGGGCGGGGCGGCAGGCACCGGGCCCCCGGGCGGGGCGGCAGGCACCGGGCCCCCGGGCGGAGCGGCAGGCACCGGGCCCCCGGGCGGAGCGAAAGGGGUCGGGCCCCCAGGCGGGGCGACAGGCGUCGGGCCCCCAGGCGGGGUGACAGGCGUCGGGCCCCCAGGCGGGGCGACAGGCAUCGGGCCCCAGGAGGGGCGACAGGCAUCGGGCCCCCAGGCGGGGCGACAGGCGUCGGGCCCCCAGGAGGGGCGACAGGCAUCGGGCCCCCAGGCGGGGCGACAGGCAUUGGAUCGUCUGGCUGGACAGCGGGCAUCGGGUCACCAGGCAUCAGGUCAUUUGGCUCGACAGCGGGCACCGCGUCAUCUGGCAAGGCAGUGGGCUCCGAGUCAACUGGUAUGACCGCGGGCACUGGGUCAGACAUUGGAUCGUCUGGCUGGACAGCGGGC